UAACAUCCUUUCUCUUCAGUGGAAACGGAAGUAAACAAUGACAAGGAACAAUUUUCACGUUAGCGUUUUUAUUUAGACGUUUAACAGCAUGGAACUCAAAAUAUGACUAGUUUAACUGCACAGCAUCACAUACAUACCCCAUGUAGUCUUUAAUUCGCGUUGGAGACAGGACUUGGUUGAUAGAUGUUAUCUAGGUUACGCUAGCUAGCGAACAAUGGCUAACUGUAUGGUUUUUAACGCUCAAAUAGCCUCCAUCAUGGAGGUGCUAGCGAAUGCAGCCGUGGCAGAGAUCUGUAAACUCGUAGACGACGACUAUGCAGUGUUUCGGUUGGAAAUAACUCAAAGCCAGAAAGAAAACAGGGCAUUGCGAAGGAAAUUACAGCUACUGGAACUGAAGGUGACACGGGAGCGCGUCUGCGCCAGUCGUCUCGGUAGUGUCAAGAUCCCUGACCGAUACAGAGGUAUGGCAAGAGGUGAAGGACAUCUCACUGGAGGCCACAAGAGCUUUGUGAAGCUAGCGGGCCACAAUACAUGGAGAGAUGACCAACCAAUCACUGUUGAUGAGGGGAGUGGAACCUCAACCCAGCACGUUAUUGUGAUAGAGUCUGCAGAGGCUGCAGGUCCUGGGGUCAAGCAGGAGAGGACUGAAGGAGAGGACCCACAACACAGCACAGACAUCCAGACUGGAGCAGCGGCUGGAGUGGCGCCCCUUGUAGCCACGGAAGAACUCUCAACUGCUUCCACCCUCCAGUCCAGGACCCGAUGCAGCAUUAAGGAGGCCAGUAGAACGCCCAACGCCAUCCUCAAGUCAGAGACCGUCACAGAAACACAAAGGCUCUUACAGGCAGGAUCUGAACACAGAUCAGACCCAGAGAGACUGGAGCUGGGGACACUGGGCUGUCCUGCUCUCGGCUCAGAAUAUUUACUAGACGGUAACCCAAGCCAGAGGACGGUUCAUUCCCAUCGGGACUCUGGUGAUGUGUUAGAAACUGGUAAUGAUCCGUCAUGUUCUUACACUACAGAGACGGACCCUGACAACAUGCCCUUGGGUUUAGAGACACAGACUGAUCUGUCUAGAGGGAACUGGAACCGGUACAGUAGUAGUGUAUACUCUGAAGGGUGCCAAGAUAAGAAAGGGGAGGUUAUAGUCGUAGAUAAAGUGAAAGUGGAGGGCGACGCUCCUCCCACAUGGAAUGUAGACGAGACUCACUUAGGAGAAGGACACUCACAAGGCAGAGAUUUUUUAGAUUACAGGGAAAGCUUAGAGACAAAUACAAAUAUCACGACCCACUCCCCUUUACACGCACUCAGGGAUCGUGAGCCCGUGUCCACGUCGAUGGGGCCAUCCGAUUCACACGGCCGCAUUCUUUUCCAUCAGGUAUUUAACUCAAACGACCAGACUAGAGCCCAGACUCAGGGAGGGGGAGCCACAUCAGGCAGUAGUAAAGAGAAACGGUUCCUCUGCAUGUUCUGUAGCAAAGGAUUCAGCUGCCCCCAGAAGGUGGAGAUCCACCAGAGGGUCCACACAGGGGUGAAACCCUUUAGCUGUACCCAGUGUCACAUGCGCUUCGCCCAGGCUUGCAACCUGAAAAGGCACCAGAGGGUCCACACAGGGGUGAAACCCUUCAGCUGUACCCAGUGUCACAUGCGCUUCUCCCACUCAUCAAGCCUGAAAAGGCACCAGACGGUCCACACAGGGGUGAAAUCCUACAGUUGCCCCCAGUGUGAGAAGAGGUUUUCCCACCAGCACCAGCUGAAGAUGCACCUGAAGGUCCACAUGGGAGAAAGGCAGUUUGUCUGUACGCAAGAGGUUCUCAGAAUGGAGCCUCCUCAGGAUACACCAGCAGAAAAACCAUUCCACAUAGACCAUAGACAUAGACCAGACAUUGGUAACAUAAGGCAAGCCAAGCAAUUUGAUAAAAUGGAGUAAAUCAGUGAACUUGCAUUUGGUUCGAAAUUGCAUUGGUUUUCCAUAAAUAGCUAUUUAUUCAUUGUGUUUUGUUUGGAGCGCUCCUGUCAAUGUUGAGUAUGGACGCUCACCUGAUUACACAUAGAAGUAGGCCUAGGCUACCUGGCCUGCACGCAAAUGUAUAAAUGUGCCUAUUUGGGGAUGUCUGAUAGUAUUUCUGAUUGUCUUAACUCACCACCACUAAAGAGCUGGGGAGCUUCUCAAAGUAAUUUUUUUCUUCUCCUCAAACAGCAAGUAGCCUAAACAAAGUCUGUUUUUACAUCCAUUGAGAAUGACAGUAGUUCCUCAAUAACCAGGUUUCCAUCCAACCCUUUUAUAUAAAUAAAGUACAUGUCAGAUCAAAAUAUUCACUACAGGCCUGAUGGAAACAGCAAGUUUGUCGGUCAACUUUCCAGAUUUCGACAAAUCAAAAUACACUAAACAACGUGGGAUCUUUGUGUCGGUAAAAUGAAUAAUGCGAGAAAUGGCGGUGAAAAUGCUUUUAUGCGCAAAUAUUGAUAUAAUAUUCAUCAUAUCGAAGUAAACUUGGAGGCACGCAAUUAUAUGUUGUGUGGUCCAGAUUAAAUAAAUUAGGAUGAACAGGGUGGUGCAAGUUCACGGUGAUGAGCUUGAUGCUCCCUUCCAAUAAAUAUUGAGGGUCUUAUUCUGGUGACAUAAUGAUUGAUGUUUGGCUGCCGUUUAACAGAAAAAUAAUCUUGCUCUUUUCUCCAUAAUAAUCUUAUCACGUAGACUAUAUACCCUCACUGUAUCUGCGUGGUGUUGGCUAGAGCCAACAGUAGAGUUGAAAAUAAGAUGGAAACCAAUUUAUCGGCACAUGGGAAUUGAACCGCAAAAGUCAUUUUUAUGUGCACUACCUCAUCACAUACAGCUUGUUAUCUGCAAAAAGAAAGGCUUUUUACUGUGUGUACGUAAAACUGGACACACCCCUCUGAUGGGAAAAUGUGCAUAUUGUUUUUAUGCAGAUUUUAGAAUAUUCACAUGAAAAUCUGUCGCCAAUUGGAUGGAAACCUAGCGAAUGUAUUUAAAAUCUUUCCAUCUCUCUCCCUUUCGAAAACAACCGAGCCUAGGCGUGACAGGGAAAAAUGUAAUGCUCUGAUCCAGUGAAAAUGGCAAAUACCUGAUUACUUCUUAUCCCUUGCGAAAAAGCUGUCUCUGUCCGGAACUCACUGGCGCGAGAAACUCUGAGGACCCAGAAUAGUUGUACAAUGCUGCAAGUUUGCAAGCUGGAGCUUCGGGCCGGACCCAGUUGAUAGUUGAUACAAUGUUUCAAGUUCUUUGCAGACAGGCGGAGUAGAGAGUUAAAUACAAUUGAAAGAACAUGAACAAACUGCUAUGCGUAGCCAAUGUGAUUUAUAGAAUAUUUAUUUUUAUCAGGAUAUUUUCUACCUUCAAUGUUUUUAUUUUUUGGCUUUAUGUAGGCUAUUUUUACCUAGUUGUCAUUAAUAGUUACUUGCAUUGGUAUACGUUCUUUAGCUGCCAAUGGCUCAAGGUGUAUCAUACAAUGUGUCCAUUACGCAGAGACAGGCGCUCUUGCAUUAGAUUCAUUUGAACUUUUAGAUCUGUAUCAUUUUCAUUUCGAUAGAAUUUAGAUUAACCACAUGACAAUGAUUUUAAUAUGUUAUUAUCCAUGAAAAUGUUCAUAUGAAAAUCAUAACUUGCACGUAGACCGGUAGCUCCAGGCGUGCUGUUUGUCAUGUGCCUUUUUCUCAGGAGUGGCUUCUGUCUGGCCACUCUCCCAAAAAGCUCAGAUUGGUUAAGUGCUGUAGAGAUUGUUGUCCUUCUGGCAGGUUCUCCCAUCUCAGCCAAGGACCUCGUUGACCAAGGUCCUUCUUGCCAGUUUGAUCGGACGGCCAGCUCUAGGCAGAGUCUGGAUUGUUUCGUAAUUUUUCAAUUUCCCAAUGAUGGAGAUCAUGCUCUUGGCAACUUUCAACAUUCUAGAAAUUAUUUUAUACCCUUCUCCAGAUAUAUGCCUCAUUACAAUUCUAACUCGGAGCUCUACGGACAGUUCGUUGGACUUCAUGCUAUAGUUUCUUCUCUGACAUGCACUUCUUCUUCUUUGAAAUUGGGUUGGUGGAUUGCAUCCAACUUUUAAAGGUGCAUACUCCGCCACCGUACUGGAGUGUGAGGUCAGUCACGGCCUACCUACAUUCAAUUCUCUUCAUUAGUCCUUUUCCUCUAAGAAAGUCUCCCCUUUCAACCCACCACUACACGAACAAAACCCCAACCCCGUCCAACCUCUCUAACCCUUUCCCACAAUCUCUCGCUAUCUACGUCAUACAGUUCACAAAAUAUCAACACAUGCCCCACCGUUUCCUCCACUAAACUCUCAUCACACAGACCUGUUUCAUGUCUCUCUAUCAUCCACAACGUGACAUUCAAACCUGUGCGCCCAAACCGUAGUCUACUCCACACAAAUAACUCUGUCCUACAUCCCGUACUCCCCACCUCUUCCUUUACUGACCGAUGCAUGCAAUACAAUUGCCUCCCCUUACUACUAGCAUCCCACUUCCAUUGCCAAAGAUUGAGCCCUUUUGCCCAGAUCAAGGACUUGACUUCCCUGCGGCCCAGCAGGACCUGAAUAUCUACCCCCUCUCUCCUCACUACCCUCUUAGCCACCACAUCAGCCUUUUCAUUACCCUCCACAUCCACAUAGGCGGGAACCCAGUAAAAGCUUACCACCACUCCAAUUCUCUCCAAUCCCAAUAACAGCACCAUCAUCACCACAAACAAGUCUCCCCUAUCUGACCUGGACUACUCUAUCCGACUACUCAACACUGCAGCCGAAUCAGAGCAGAUCCCCACUGAGUGGUUGCAACUCCUCCACCCAUCUCAAACCUAUAAUCAUGGACAUCAACUCGGCCGCAUACACUGACACAAUCAGUUAACCGCUUACAUACUCUGCACUGUAUAUCCCAAAUUUCAAUGUUAAUCGGAAAGUGUUCAGGCCCUUCAGACCCCUUCGCUUUUUCCACAAUUUGUUACGUUACAGCCUUAUUUUAAAAUAUGGAGAGACUCAAGGCUGUAAUCGCAGCCUAAGGUGCUUCAACAAAGUAUGGAGUAAAGGGUCUGAAUACUUAUGUAAAUGUGAUAUUUAAUUUGCAAAAAUGUUUGCUUUGUCAAUAUGGAGUAUUGUGUGUUGAUUGAUGAAGAAAAUAAUUAAUUUAAUACAUUUUAGAAUAAGGCUGUAACGUAACAAAAUGUGAAAAAAAGGGAAGGGGUCUGAAUACUUUCCAAAUGCACUGUACACCCCUGCUCCCACCUUACCGCUGACUGGAUUAUUUUCCUUUGAAGCAUCUGUAUAUAUCCUGAAAAACAAAUAAAACCGGUUAUCCUGACAUGCACUGUCAACUGUGGGACAUGAUAUAGACACGUGUGUUUCUUUCUAAAUCAUUCCCAACAAUUGAAUUGGCCACAUGUGGACUCCAAUCAAGUUGUAGUGACGUCUCAAGGAUGAUCAAUGGAAAUUGGAUGCACCUGAGCUAAAUGUUUAGUGUCAUAGCAAAAGGGUGUGAAUACUUAUGUAAAUUAGAUAUUUCUGUAUUUAAUUUUCAAUACAAUUGUUAAAAUAUCUAAACAUGUUUUCACUUUGUCUUUAUGGGUUAUUGUGUGUAGAAAAAAUACAUAUUUAAUCAAUUUUCAAUUCAGGCUGUAACACAACAAAUGUGGAAUAAGUCAAGGGGUAUGAAUACUUUCUGAAGGCACUGUAUAUGAUGUUCAGAAAAUGCCUAUUUCAUUACUUCCAUUCAACUACUUAAUUUUUUCCCCAAGACACUUUUAAUGAGUAAAUGCAGUUUAUCAAGUUUAUGCGGAUUUUUUUUGUUGAGACGUGUGUGGUUUUCACAUGGUGUAUUUAAAACUUGUUUGUUUAAUAAACACAAAAUGGGACUUUUCA